UCAUGCGAUACGGUGUCAAGUAAGAGUGGCACAGGAGCAGUCUCAGAGCUAAGUUUACCACUACCAGAGAAUCACUCUAGACUGUCCAGGAGGGACAGAAGGGUUUCCUAAGAAAUUAUUUUCUUUUUCUUGAAGGGGGGAAAGACAGAGGACGCACCAUGCAAUCUUGUGCAAGGUGUGGGUUUGUGGUGUACCCAGCGGAGAAGAUCAACUGCAUUGACCAGAACUGGCACAAAGCCUGUUUUCACUGCGACGUCUGCAAGAUGGUGCUGACGGCCAAUAACUUUGUCAGCCAUAAGAAGAGGCCGUACUGCUCAGUACACAACCCGAGGAACAACACCUUCACCAGCGUGUAUGAGACACCCAUCAACAUCAACGCCAAGAAGCAAAGCAAGGCCAGCAGUGAGCUGAAGUAUCGUGAAGAGGGCGAUCGGUUUAUGUCCACCUUCCACUAUGACAUGACGUCCACGGAGCUGGAGCGGGCUCGUCUAGCCAAUCAGAUGGCAGGCCAGGCCUUCAAGUCUCAGUCCGAGUUCUCCCAGCAACAGUCAUGGUACUCAGGCAUGGUCACCAACCAGGAAAUAGUAACUAUGUCCCAGGCGCAGAAGACUGUCAGUGACGUAAAGUACACAGAGGAGUAUGAGCAGUCCAAAGGCAAAGGCAGUUUUCCCGCCAUGAUCACACCAGGAUACCAGGCUGUGAAAAAUGCCAACACUUUAGCGAGCAACCUUGAAUAUAAAAAAGGGCAUGAGGAGAGAGUUUCAAAGUACACUGCCUUCGUCGACCCCCCUGAGGUGAUUCUGGCCAAGAAACAAGGACAGAUUGUCAGCGAUUAUGCCUACACAGAGGACUACGAGCAACAUCGAGGAAAAGGCAGCUUCCCUGCACAUCUCACACCUGGAUACAAGAUGUCCAAAAAGGCCUCAGAACAGGCUAGCGAUAUAAAGUACCGUCAGAUGUACGAGCAGGAAAUUAAGGGCAAAGCCAGCGCAGAUGCCGCAGCGGCUGAAUUGGUCCACGCCAGAGAGAACGCAGAAAACAUCAGCCAGAUCGCCUACACCGAAGAGUACGAGCAGCAGCGAGGCAAAGGAAGCUUUCCUGCGAUGAUAACCCCUGGUUAUUAUCUGGCAAAAAAGGCUCAGGAAAACGCCAGUGAUCUGAAAUACAGAAAAGACUUAAAUAAGAUGAAGGGCACAUCACAUUACCACAGUCUGACCUCUGAGGACAACCUGGCCUUGAAGAACGCUCGGAAAAUCAACAAGCUUGUCAGCGAGGUGGAGUAUAAGAAGGACCUGGAGAACAGCAAAGGUCACAGCAUCAAUUUCUGUGAGACGCCACAGUUCCAGAAUGCUACAAAAGUGUCUAAGUUCACAAGUGACAACAAGUACAAAGAGAAGUACAUCAGCGACAUGAAGGGCCAUUAUGAAGACUCUGGAAUCGAUAAGAAGACCAUGCACGCCAUGAAAGCCAGGAAGCUGGCCAGCGACAUCACAUAUAAACAGGGUCAUGACCAAGAUCAAGGAGAAUACACCUACCAGGCCACGCUAACACCAGGCUACCGUAGCCAAAGGAAACUGGACCCAUUAAAAGAUAAGAACUACAGGCAGCACAUAGACCAAGUCAAGUACAGUCCAGUGACAGACACGCCGGAGAUCCUCCUGGCGAGGAAAAACGCUCAACUCAUCAGCAACCUGAAUUACAAAGCGGACUAUGAGAAGUCCAAGCACCUGUACACACUCUCCCAGGACCUGCCCCAAAUCAAAAUGGCCAAAGACAAUGCCGCCUUGUGCAGUGAUAUUAAAUACAAAGAGGAGUGGGAGAAGACCAAAUCCAAAGCCUGCGACAUCGGCGUGGACGAUCUUAGCGUCAAAGCAGCGAAGGCUUCCAGAGACCUUGCCAGCGAUCUUAAAUACAAGAAAAACUAUCUGAAGAACAAGGAAAUGGCUGUGGGCGUCAACGUGAGCGACUCAAAGACUCUGCACUCGCUUCACGUGGCCAAAAUGUGCAGUGACAUUGAGUACAAGAAGGGCUCUAAGGAGAGCCAAGCCCAGUACAGCUUGCCCAUGGACAUGGUCAACCUGAGUCACGCUAAAAAGGCCCAAGCGCUGGCGAGCGAUCUGGAAUAUCGCACCAGGCUCCACGACUACACUGUCAUGGCCGAUGACAUCAAGGUCCAGCAGGCCAAGAAGGCGUACUCCCUGCAAAGUGAGAAUCAGUACCGCUCAGACCUGAACUGGAUGAAGGGAGUGGGCUGGGAGACGGAAGGGUGCCUCGACAUCACCCAAGCCAAGAAAGCCGGCGAUCUGCUUAGCGAUACUAAAUACCGCCAAAAGGUGGACAGCAUCAAGUUCACCCAAGUGGCGGACAACCUCUCCAUCAAACACGCCCAGAAAAGCCAAGAACUGCAGAGCGACCUGGCGUACAAAGCAAACACGGAGCAGAUGAUACACCAGUACACCAUGACAAAGGAUGAGCCGCUAUUCCGACAAGCAAAGGCUAACGCCGACCUUCUCAGUGGUAAAGUCUACAAAAGCCAAUGGGAGAAGCAGAGGGAAAAGGGCUUCGAGCUGCGACUGGACUCACUUUCCAUUCUCACCGCCAAAGCUAAGAGAGACCUGGCCAGUGAUGUCAAAUACAAAGCGCAGUACGAGAGAAACAAAGGCAAGGUGAUUGGCAUAAAGUCUGUCAGUGAUGACUCUCAAAUGGCUCACUCGGCUCUGGCCACCAAACUACAGAGUGACCGCCACUAUAAGAAGAAUUACGAGGACACCAAGACCCAGUUUAAUGUCUCUCUGGAUAUGUUGAACAUCAGCCAUGCCAAGAAGGCCCAGGACCUGGCAACCGACAUCAACUACAGAACUUUCCUCCACGAGUACACCACACUGCCAGUGGACUUGAACGUCUCCUGGGCAAAGAAGGCCUACGGACUCCAGAGCGAUAAAUUGUACCGAUCCGAUCUGAACUGGAUGAAAGGAGUCGGCUGGGAGGUCUCCAAGUCUUUGGAUGUCCAGCAGGCCAAAAAAGCUGGAGAGCUUGUCAGUGAGAAAAAGUACCGUCAGGAUGUGAGCGCCUUGAGGUUUACAAGUGUUGAAGACACUCCAGAGAUGGUUCAGGCCAAACUCAGCAACAAACUGGCCAUUGAUAGGUUGUACAGAGAGAAGGGAGAAAACAUGAAGCACAAGUACACGCUCAAUGAGGAGUUGCCGGAGUUUGUGCAGGCCAAGAUCAACUCCAUGAACAUCAGCGAGAGUCGUUACAAGGAAUCUUGGACAAGAUUACGCGACGGUGGAUACAAACUGCGCCUGGAUGCUAUUCCUUUCCAGUCUGCCAAAGCGUCUGCUGACAUCCUCAGUGAUCAAAAAUACAAAGAGCAGUUUGAGAAGAGCAAAGGGAAGAUGAUCGGUCUCAAGGGGCUGCAGGACGACCUGAACAUGUCUCACUCUGUUUACGCCAACAAGCUACAAAGUGACAUCAAGUACAAGAAGGAGUCGGCCAAAGAGCUCUCCAAGUUCCACCUUCCCAUGGACAUGAUGGAGGUGGCCCACGCCAAGAAGGCCCAGUCUCUGGUCAGCAAUCAGGAUUACAGGCUCACUUUGCAUCAGUACACCUCCCUGCCUGAUGACAUGAAGGUCCAGGCAGCCAAGAAAGCAUACGCUCUGCAGAGCGAGAGACUAUAUCGCUCUGACCUUAACUACCUGCGGGGUGCCGCAUGGAUUGCUACCGGGGCCCUGCAAAUUGAAGGCUCGAGGAAGGCUACUGACCUCAUCAGUGAUAAAAAGUAUCGGCAGCAGCCGUACAACUUCAAGCACACUUCUGUCGCAGACUCCCCCGACAUUGUCCAUGCAAAACUCAGUGGACGCAUCACAAAUGAGCGUUUGUACAAAGAGAAAGGGGUGAGCGACCGGCACAACUAUACCAUUACAACCGAGAGACCGGAGAUCACUCAGGCAAAGAUCAAUGCGGCCAACUUUAGCGAGAUUAAGUACCGAGAGUCCUGGCACACUCUGAGGGCUCAGGGAUACAAGCUCACCAUGCAGGACAUCCCAUUCCAGGCUGCCAAGACCUCCACAGGCAUCGCCAGUGACUACAUGUACAAACACAACCACCUGAUGGAAAAAGGGAAGCACAUCGGUGCUCAAAGCGUUUCCGACGACACAUACCUGCUGCACUACUUGCAGGCGGGCAGGCUGGCCAGCAACCAGGAGUACCGCAAGGAUGCUCUGACAGCUAGCGGCCACUACCACCUGACCCCGGAUAUGGUCCACAUCGUCACGGCUAAAAACGCUCAGGCGCUGGCCAGCGAUCAGGACUACAGAAAGAGGCUGCACGAGUACACAGUGCUUCCAGAUGACAUGAAGGUCAAGUGGGCCAAAAAAGCUUACGAUCUGCAGAGUGAGAAACGCUACAAGUCCGACUUGAACUUCAUGAAGGGCGUGGCCUGGGAUGGAGUAGGUGCACCUCAGCUAGAGUCGGCCAAGAAGGCUGGAGAGCUCAUUAGUGAUAAGAGGUAUCGCCAGGUGCCGGACAGUCUGAAGUUCACCUCAGUGACCGACUCCCCCGAUAUUGUCCACGCUAAGAUGAGCUAUCAACAGUGCAGCGAGAGGCUGUACAAAUCAGGGAGGAAUGACGACAUGAACAAGUACACCUUACAUCCGGAUGAUCCAGACUUUGUCCGAGCCAGGAUGAACGCCCAGCAGAUUAGCGAUAAAGUCUACAAGGCUUCCGGGGAGCACGUGAAGACGCUUGGCUACGACUUGAGGUUGGAUGCCAUCCCCUUCCAAACAGCGAAGGCCUCAAGAGAAAUUGCCAGCGAUGUUCACUACAAGGAGUUGCACCUGAGGGACAAGGGCCAGCAAGUGGGGCUGCGCUGUGUGGAGGAUGACCCCAAGAUGAUGCACUCUUUGGCGGCCAGCAAGCUCCAGAGCAACCUGGAAUACAAGCGGCAGUCGAAAGAGGAGCGCUCCAAGUACAAAAUCCAUGCUGACCAACCGGAGUUCCUGCUGGCCAAGAAGAGCCAGGAGCAGGCCAGUGACUUGGCGUACCGCCACAAGCUCCAUGACUACACGUGUGACCCUGAGCAGCUCAACGUCAAGCAUGCCAAGCAGGCCUACAAGCUGCAGAGCGACGUCAACUACAAGUCAGACCUGAACUGGAUCAGGGGAGCGGGCUGGACCCCUCCUGGUUCCCACAAAGCUGAGCUGGCCCGGCGCGCUGCCGAGCUGGGCCUGGCUGAGGGAGUGAGUGCCGAGGAGGCCAUCGCAAAGUACCAGCGCAUGAUGAUGAUGGUGCACCACCAGCAGCAGAUGGAGCAGCAGCAACAACAGCAACAACAGCAGAUGUCAGAGCAGGUGGAGACCAGUGAGGAGAUCCACCGAGGCGUCAACAUGGACGCUACUGAGGUCCUUCACAGGAAGAAGACCUACCAGACCGUGCAGAAAAAGACCACCACAACCACCACCUUCAAAUCCAUGGAGAAGAAAUCUUCCAGCAGCACAGUGAAGAUGUCCAGUAAAGCUAAAGCCAUAGAAAACGCAUAGGGCAGAGAAACUUUGUACGGAAAAGGAUGUUUACAUGAGUGCAUACAGUCAAGAUAGAGUAAGCAUUAAUGAGGGAAUCAAGCAUGUUGAAUGAAGGCUUGGUUAUGUUGAGCAAAAAUGUCCUUAACACGAUGGCCUUUUUAUAUACAGUAUAAUCAAUAAAGAUGAGGCAGCGACCACUUACAGUGGGUAACUUCUUACUCUAUUGCUUUUUUAAUUCACUCUUAUAAGAUAUUCAAUUAAAAAAAAAAAACACAGACAAGAAUGUGCUACCAGCAGAGGCACUGUUGAGUCAGUCUUGACUCAACUACUGUACUUCAUACUGUAUACUUUAUAUUAAACAACACAAUCAAAUGAUUAUGAAUUUAAAAUCAGCUUAGUUAAAAAUAACUCUUUAAAAGGUAAAGAAACCAUAUUGGGUAAUUAUAUAAUACAUUAUAUAAUAUAAAUUAUAUAAUUCAUUAAGACUGGAUUCCUUAAUAUUUGGCAUUAUAACCACAAAAGAUGGGAAGAAAAAUAAAUGCCCAUUCGAAUAAUGUUUGUGGUAAAAGAAAUAAACAACAUUUGAAAUAAAUACAAGAAAUAAAAUACAUUUUUAAAUAUAAAAUUUAAAAAAUUCUAAAAUAAACAGUCUUUUAUCUAGGAAAUAUAAUAAGAUGAAAAAUGAAACAAUAUCUUCAUAUGAAAUAAAUAUAAAACUAACAAAAUAUAUAACGACAUACAGUAUAUAUAUUACGGGCCACACGGUGGUCUAGUGGUUAGCAUGUUGACCAACACAGUAACAGCCUGGAGAUCGGGAAGAUCUGGUUUCGAUUCUUCCUUGGGCAUUUCUGUGUGGAGUUUGCAUGUUCUCCCCGUGUGUGUGUGGGUUUUCUCCGGGUACUCCGGUUUCCUCCCACAUUCCAAAAACAUGCAUGUUAGCUUAAUUGGAGACUCUAAAUUGUCCAUAGGUAUGAAUGUGAGUGUGAAUGCUUGUUUGUCUAUAUGUGCCCUGCCAUUGGCUGGCGGCCAGUCCAGGGUGUGAAAACGAUAAAAAAAUAUAUUUUUUUAUCGUUUUCAAAAAAAAAAAUUUUUUUAUCGUUUAUAUAUAUAUAUAUAUAUAAUUUUUUUUAAUCGUUUUCGGUCCUUACGGGCCCCUAACAGAAAAAGGCCACUGUGUUGACAUGAAACAUUUUGUUGUGGGAUUGAAUGGAAUUGAACGGGACAUGAAAUAUUACAGUAUAAUAAUAUAAUCAAUAGUGGUAAUGCAUGAGAGACUAAUGGUAAGUUUGCAUUGUGGAUUUUGUGUCAUAAGUGUAUUCAGAACUGGAUUCAAUAUAGAGGACUUUUUUUAAAGGCAUAUACAGUACUGUGAUGUAAACAAAAAGUACAAGCAAUAAUGACAGUAUUUUCUUAGCAGGCUUGAUGAUGUCAUCAGCACUUUAGUCUGGCAGGUUCAGCUUUGGGAGUUUGUGACGCUAAAACUCAAAGCUGGGCUCGGAGUAAACGCUGGAUUUUGCUGCUGAUAAAGUAAACUUG